GUGGAGCGCAGGGCGAUGGCGGAGGCCGCGGCGGGCGGCCCCGCGGGCCCGGGCGGUCCCGGCGGCCCCGGGCCGGUUCCCGAGGCGGCCCCGGGCGGCCCCGGCCCCGAGGAGGCGGUGGCGGCGGCGGCGGGGGGCGGGAGGGGCCCCGGGGCGGCGCCGGCCCCGCGGGACGCGGAGGUGACGGUGGAGAUCGGGGAGACGUAUCUGUGCCGGCGGGCGGACGGGACAUGGCACCCCGCCGAGGUGAUCCAGUCGCGGCUGAACGAGCAGGAGGGCCGGGAGGAGUUCUACGUGCACUACGUGGGCUUUAACCGGCGGCUGGACGAGUGGGUGGCCAAGGGGCGGCUGGCGCUGCGCGAGGGCGCCCGGAGCCGCGGGGACCCGGUGCUGGGGGACGCGGGCGAGCAGCCCGAGAGGAAGAUCACGCGGAACCAGAAACGCAGGCACGACGAGAUCAACCACGUGCAGAAGACCUACGCUGAGAUGGAUCCCACCACAGCCGCGCUGGAGAAGGAGCACGAGGCCAUCACCAAGGUCAAGUACGUGGACAAGAUCCACAUCGGGCACUUUGAGAUCGACGCCUGGUACUUCUCGCCCUUCCCCGAGGAGUUCGGGAAGCAGCCCAAGCUCUGGAUCUGCGAGUUCUGCCUCAAGUACAUGAAGCUGGAGAGGACGUACCGGCACCACCUGGGCCAGUGCCAGUGGCGGCAGCCGCCGGGCCGCGAGAUCUACCGCAAGGGGAACAUCUCGGUGUACGAGGUGGACGGGAAGGACCACAAGAUCUACUGCCAGAACCUGUGUCUGCUGGCCAAGCUGUUCCUGGACCAUAAGACCCUUUACUUCGACGUGGAGCCCUUCGUGUUCUACCUGCUCACCGAGGUCGACCGCCACGGCGCACACAUCGUCGGCUACUUCUCCAAGGAGAAGGAGUCUCCGGACGGGAACAACGUGGCGUGCAUCCUGACGCUGCCGCCGUACCAGCGCCGCGGCUACGGGAAGUUCCUCAUCGCCUUCAGCUACGAGCUGUCCAAGCUGGAGAACACGGUGGGCUCCCCCGAGAAGCCGCUGUCGGACCUGGGCAAGCUGAGCUACCGCAGCUACUGGUCCUGGGUGCUGCUGGAGAUCCUGCGCGACUUCCGGGGCACCCUGUCCAUCAAGGACCUCAGCCAGAUGACCAGCAUCACGCAGUCCGACAUCAUCAGCACGCUGCAGUCGCUCAACAUGGUCAAGUACUGGAAGGGGCAGCACGUGAUCUGCGUCACCCCCAAGCUGGUGGAGGAGCACCUCAAGAGCGCCCAGUACAAGAGGCCGCCCAUCACCGUGGAUUCCAUCUGCCUACGCUGGGCCCCCCCGAAGCACAAACAGGCCAAAGUGCCCAAGAAGUGACGAGGACGGCGAAGGUUUUGGGGUGAAUCCCCAGGAUUUUGGGUUCCCCCUCCGCCCGGGAUUCGGGGGACCCCCCCUCCCCCACCCCGCUGCCACUUUGGGGUGAAACGAGGCGGGUUUGGGGCCGGCGGGUCCGUUUUAGGUCAAAAAUGUCUAUUUUUGGGUGCAA